GCCGUGGACGAGGUCUGGGGGCGCGAGGGGCAGGUCGUGGACCCCAGGGGGCGCGGCGGCCCGCUCCGACCCCGUCUGCCGGGCUCUCUGCCUCUCUGUGUCUCUCGUGCGUGAGCAGACGUGACGGAAAAGGGCCGGAGUCCUGAGGGAUGGUCGUGCCGCCGCCCGCGCCGAGCGCAGUUGGUCGUCUUGGCUGAGUCGUGGGCCGGCGGGUCCGCGCGGAGGCCGGAGCCCCAAGGUCGAGGCCUUUCCCCCGAGGUCUGUCUCUCCGCGCUCGCUCCCUGCCGCCAGCGCCCAGUGAAAGCAGUUUAAACAAGAGAACCGCUUUCAAGACAUUGAGAACAUUCUAGAUCAUUCACAGUUGCCUGCAGACCUUGACCCCCCGGCUCUUCUCCUUCCGGGUGGAAGUGUGCGAGGCCUAGUGUCCCCGUGCGCACGCGCCGCGAACGUCCACGCGGGCCUCCCUCGUGGGUUUCCAGCAUGACUAGACCAGGCUGCAGAGCUCCGUGGCCAUGGCCCUCACCCGACGUACCAGACAGGCUUCCCCAGCACCGGAGGCGCGGCCUUAAGCACGGCGCGGUUCCCGAGCAGCUGCCGCCGGACGCCCUUGGCCUGCACCCAGCCCAGCCGCCAUGGGGACCGCUCAGGUUUUGCCUGGCAUUCUGCAGAAGCAUUGCUGUAUCUUACCAGACAGGAAUACAGAAUCGCAGUGCACCCUCUGCGGGGAGCCGGAAGAGGAAGAGGGCGGGGACCUGGUGCAGCCAGGCAUCAGCUUUCCGGGGCCGGCGGAGGACGAUCUAGACCAGCAGUACUCAUGGUCCCCGACGCAGCACAUCAGCGAAGGCAGAUACUCCCCCGCUCCUAGGAACAUGAAGGGGUUGCCCGGGGGCCGGGCGCAGGCGCAGCUGUGUUCGGGUCACACCUGCGGCUUGGCGGCCCCGGAAGACUGCGAGCACGCGCACGAGCACCUGCAUCAUGGGCAGGAGGCGAGGCAGCCCUACCUGCUCAGCCCUGUGGAGAGCUGCCCCAUGGACCACCACCGCUGCUCCCCCGGGAGCUCCGUCCACUCCGAGUGCAUGAUGAUGCCCGUGGUGCUGGGUGACCACAUGUCCAGUAGCACCUUCCCCAGGAUGCACUACAGCUCCCACUACGACACGAGAGACGACUGCGCCGUGUCUCAUGCCAGCACCCGGGUCAACCGCAUCCCAGCCAACCUCCUGGACCAGUUUGAGAAGCAGCUACCCCUGCACCGGGACGGGUUCCACACGCUGCAGUACCAGAGGACCUCCACGGCCGCCGAGCAGCGCAGCGAGAGCCCAGGCAGGAUACGGCACCUCGUCCACUCCGUCCAAAAACUCUUCACCAAGUCCCACUCCCUGGAGGGCUCUUCCAAGAGCAACGUCAAUGGGACCAAGGGCGACGGUCGGGUGGAGGACCACCACCACGGCCACCACUCUAAACACGGCAAACGGAGUAAAAGCAAGGAGCGGAAGCCAGAGAGCAAGCACAGAGCGGGCACGAGCAGCUGGUGGAGCUCCGACGACAACCUGGACAGUGACAGCACCUGCCGCACGUCCAGCGUGGCCAACAGGCACCACGUGGACCACGUCUCCCACUGCUACCCUGAGGUGCUCCCGGGCCCCUUCGGGGAUCUGUCCCUGAAGACGUCCAAGAGCAAUAGUGACGUCAAGUGCUCGGCCUGCGAGGGCUUGACCAUGACGCCUGACACCAAGUACAUGAAGCGGAGCUCCUGGUCCACGCUCACCGUGAGCCAGGCGAAGGAGGCCUACCGCAAGAGCUCCCUCAACUUAGACAAGCCGCUGGUCCGCCAGGAGGUCAAGCCGUCCUUGAGGCCGUGCCACUACCUGCAGGUGCCUCAAGACGAGUGGGCAGGGUAUCCCACGGGCGCCAAGGACGAAGAGAUCCCCUGCAGGAGGAUGCGGAGUGGGAGCUACAUCAAAGCCAUGGGCGAUGAGGAGAGCGCGGAGUCCGACUCCAGCCCCAAGACGUCCCCCACGGCGGCCAUGCGGCCGGAGCCCCUGCUCAAGCCCAUUGGACCCCGGCCCCUGGCCGACCUCCAAACCCAGAGCUACCUGCAAGCUACCAGCGACGUGCCUGCCGGCCACAGCCUGGACCCCUCGACCAGCUACAACUCCCCGAAAUUCCGCUCCCGGAACCAGAGCUACAUGAGAGCUGUCAGCACCCUGAGUCAGGCCAGCUGUGUGAGCCAGAUGAGUGAGGCAGAGAUGAAUGGGCAGUUUGAAUCGGUGUGUGAAUCCGUCUUCAGUGAGAUCGAAUCCCAGGCCAUGGACGCACUGGACCUCCCUGGAUGCUUCCGAACGAGGAGCCACAGCUACCUUCGGGCCAUCCAAGCCGGCUACUCGCAGGACGAUGAAUGUAUUCCCGCCAUGACGCCCUCCAACACCACCUCCACCAUCAGAUCCACAGCAGCUGUCUCCUAUGCCAACUACAAGAAAACGCCGCCGCCCGUGCCCCCGCGCACCACCUCCAAACCCCUGAUCUCAGUGACCGCACAGAGCAGCACUGAGUCCACACAGGACGCCUACCAGGACAGCCGCGCCCAGCGGGCAUCCCCGUGGCCUCAGGACAGCCGCGGCCUCUACAACUCCACAGACAGUCUGGACAGCAACAAGGCCAUGAGCCUUGCCCUGGAGACGGCUGCGGCCCAGCGCCUCACCUCCGACGGCCAGAGCACCUCGGCGCGGACCAGCGACAAGGCCGUCCUGGCUUCCAAGGCCGAGGAUUUCCUCAAGAGCCGGCGCUCCUCCAUCGGGAUCCAGGAUUCUGAAUUCCCAGAGCAUCAGCCAUACCCAAGGUCAGAUGUGGAAACAGCCACAGAUUCUGACACAGAGAGCCGAGGCUUGCGGGAAUACCACUCUGUUGGCAUCCAAGUGGAAGACGAGAAGCGACACGGACGUUUCAAGCGUUCAAACAGCGUGACAGCCGCCGUGCAAGCAGACCUGGAGCUGGAGGGCUUCCCCGUGAGCACCGAGGACAAAGGGCUGCAGUUUGGUCCCUCCUUCCAGCGGCACUCGGAGCCCAGCACGCCCACCCAGUACGGGGCAGUAAGAACUGUUCGGACCCAGGGGCUCUUCAGUUACAGAGAAGACUACAGGACCCCCGUGGACACUGCCACCCUGCCCCCUGCAGACCCCUGGCUGGAGCCGUCCAUGGAGACAGCGGAAACCGGCAGGAUGUCCCCGUGCCGGAGGGAUGGCUCAUGGUUUGUGAAGCUGCUGCACACAGAGACGAAGAGGAUGGAAGGCUGGUGUAAGGACAUGGAGCGAGAGGCAGAGGAGAAUGACCUCUCAGAGGAAAUUCUUGGUAAAAUCAGGAGUGCUGUGGGGAGCGCGCAGCUUCUGAUGUCCCAGAAGUUCCAGCAGUUUUACUGGCUGUGCCAACAGAACAUGGACCCCAGCGCCAUGCCGAGACCCACGUCCCAGGACCUGGCAGGCUACUGGGACAUGCUACAGCUUUCCAUCGAGGACGUCAGCAUGAAGUUCGAUGAGCUGCAGCAGCUGAAGCUCAAUGCCUGGAAGAUCAUAGAGUCUCCGGAAAAACAGGAAGAAAGAAAGGUCCCCCCUCCGAUACCAAAGAAGCCUCCCAAAGGGAAAUUUCCCAUCACGAGAGAAAAGUCUCUGGACCUGCCGGACAGACAGCGGCAAGAAGCCCGGAGGCGGCUCCUGGCUGCCAAGAGGGCGGCCUCGUUCCGCCAGAAUUCGGCCUCGGAGCGCGCAGACAGCAUCGAGAUCUACAUCCCCGAGGCCCAGACGCGUCUCUAGGGUCGGGGCGGCCCUCCCUCUUCCCCCUUUUGCUUUGUAAGGAAACACUUGUACAGUUUCUCCCCAACAUGGUCAUUUUCGUCUCGUGUCUCCGCCGAACGCGCCCCGUGGUGUCCCCUGUACCACGAACGCUCUGGAAGGCUUUGGUUUCCGCCUGCCACGCUCGCAGCCCGAACACCCGCUGCUUCCUCCUCAUCGCGGGGUCGUCUGACUGCCAGUCCGCUGCGACCACGACGGUGAGGCGCAGGGCCACCCACCCGAUCCACUCUGUCCUCGGGGGGUCACGAGAACCCCCUCUCGAGAUGGAACCCGGCUUACAGUUUGUUAUUUAUAUUUUUAUAAAUCGUGUGAUAACCAGAGGCAAGAAUAACAAAUAGCAACCCGUGGGCGCAUCUCAGACUCCCCGCACACACCGUGGAGGAAGAUGCUGAGGCCGGAAGGGCGGGAAGACAGACCCGCCCCACCCCGGGGGGCGCUUCUCUCCAAAUCCAGUGGACCCCAAGCCGGGGUCCUUGUGCCAAGUUUAUGGGGAUGAGAAGCCAUCUCUCCAGCCACCCAGCUCCCUGCCACCCGGUUCUCCAGAAACCCCGGGGGAGCCACGUCUGAACCCAUUGAAACUACCCAGCACAGCAUCUACACAAUCAAAAACAUAAGCCGAAUGUUCAUUUACACGAGGGAGUGACAUCUGCAAAGAGAUCCAAGCCUCAUGAAAGGCUGGGUGUCCUGUAGCAGGAGUCUGAAAAGAAAAAGCAUGGCCCUCAUUCUGAUGCAAGCGUCAUUGUUUGUCUUAUUCCUUUGUAACUUCUAUCACGCAAGUCUCGUCUUUAGUGUCCCCAUUUAUGGACAUGUGAUUUUUUUUAUAGAUGUAUAUAUAAAUUCUCAAACUGCUCUAUCAGUUGACUUUCCAGGGUACCCUUAAAAAAAUGUUUGCUUGUUUCAAAUGACAGUUGUGAUGUUGUAAAAAAAAGUUUAAGAAAUACGAAUGUGAGUGGUAAGUAUAUCUCAGUUUAAAUGGUAAAGAAGAAAUGUAGUUUACAUUUGUAUUUUUCCAGAAUUCUUUUGUCCUAUGCAGUAUUGCUAAAGUCAAGAAUAUACUUCUUGCCUGUUUUAGACAUGACAAACAAAAAAAAAAAGUCACAUACGGUGAUUUCCAGCUGUGGACUUUAAGAAAUUAGUCUUCGGGAUUCUGACUGGCACCGCAGAAAAGCAGAAAGGAUUUGAACACAAAGGCUUUCCAUUGGUUACAAUUAGAUUCAGACGCCGUGACUAUAUCAUUCCAAUGCUCCAUGUGUCCCCAUUCAGACACGUCCUUGGAGGAAGAGCCUGUCACAUUUCUCCUUCCAGUCCCAAACUCGGAGUCCUCACUGUAACGUCAGGUGAGAGCAGGACUGCUCCUGAAGACGGGUGUGUCCCCCUGACACAGGCCCGGCUGGCCCGCGGGGCGCCAGGUGUGCGGCACGGCGGGGCAGCCCCGACUCACCUACCGUAGCACUUUCUCCCCUCAGCUUGACCCGCACUUUAUGUCCCCCACUCCGCUGCAGCCUGGCGACCACGUCUUGGAGAGCCCACGGUGGGACCCUCGCCCGUCGGGGUUCGGCUCAGCCUGCAGUCCUCCUUUUCCUCAUACUCACAUUCCACAAAGCAUGGGGUUCAUUGGAGCACGGUGGAUAGUAAAGCAUGUUUAGCUUCAAAGUUUUACUUUUUUAAAGCUGAGUAGUUAAGGAUUCCCUAAGAACAAAACCCUGUAAAUUGAGCCUCAUAUCUGGUAUCUCCUACCAAACAGCCUUAAAAUAUAUUUGGAAGCAAAAAUCAGUACGAAUGUAUAUCCUUGAAAAAUGCAAAAAAAUAAAAUCCCUGAAAUAUUCUUCUAUAAAUGAACCCUAUUUCCCCAGAGUAUUCAAAGCAUUUUUUUCUACCUAAAUAAAUACCUAAAUCCUGAGUAGUGUACAAUGAUGAUGCUUCUUCUUAUAGUCACUCUACUAUGUCAAGAACAAGUGUAUUUGCAAGUACUGGCAUUUUAGACUUUAAAAAUGAUGUAUUAUUUAAGAUGAAAUGCUCUUUAGAAAUAACCACAGAAAAGUCAAGUCAACGUAGACUCCUAGUAAGAGGAAAUGUAAAAUGCAUACACGUUCGCCAGCCUGCUGACACCCCUGUAUCUACCGGCAGCUGAUGCAUUUUAUCCCAUUUCCUUGAGCUUGUACAAAACAUAUAACAAAAAAUUAUCAAAUUAGACAAGAAUUAUUCUCGAUCUCAGAUUCUCUGAUCCUCACUUGAAUGAAAAUACUCACUGAAUUUAGCUUUUUUUUUUUUAUGUUUUGUAUACUCAUUUUUUAUCUUAAGAUCCCCAAAAGUCUUAGCCUAAACCCUCCCUAGAUGAGCAAAUUAACGUACAACUAAAUUUGACAGCAGCCAUUGAUUCGCACGGGGGGGACAAACCCCUGUUUGGUCCACCGAGUCCCAAAGAAGGUCAUGUGACGGACGCGCAGCCAGGGCCUGCUGCAGUGUUACCUGUCAUGCUACAUGACUAAGUGCAAUAUUCAGUUCUCAUGCAGGUGACAUUCCACCACGAAAUGCAGACGAUAAGCCAUGUUUACAUAUUGUACGUGUAAAGAGAAAUAAAACUGUUUAUAAUACUUGUGUUAAUCGGUGAAGCUAAUGUAUUUCGGGCACUUCCAGCCGAUGCCGGCUACAGAGCUUCAGUGUGACCAUUUCACCGUGGUUCGGAUAGAAUUCUGAUAGAAGGAGGCUGUGGGCAGUGAAAACGCCCCUUGCUGCACGACGUCACCGUGAACAAAGCUCACGUUGCUGCCUCCCUGGGAGAUUCAGCGAAACCGCAAAUUUCCAAAAAUAAGAAAUUAUUUUGCUCAGAGCAGCCGGUUGACAACCCCAUGCUGAAGGAUUUCAUUAACCUUCAGACCCAAAACACAGGUAUGAUAAACACCAUCCUGAAGUUUCACAGAACCCAGAAAAGGUGAAUGUCACUUGUUAACAAGAGCACUUUCAGUCGAUCUCAUCUCACGCGUCCUCAUCGGUCAUCGCUGUGUGUAACGUAAGCCUUGUGACUGGUAACUGCUGUUACCAUGUUUUCUCAGCAAAUUCAUAGAACCAUCUUAGAAUGGUGUAUGAAGAGUGGAACUGUUGUAUGAUACCAAAAAUUCACAUUUUUGUUUAAAAGGAAAUACUGGCGUGUUCACCUCCGGAUCAACACUAAAGACGUCUCACGUUAAAUAGCAAAGUGUAUCAUUAGAGGAAAACAUCACAUAUGGGGUCCCUCUUUAAAACAACAACCACCACACAUACACGUAGCCAGAAAAUCAGUGACCCGCAAAGUAGAGGGACUCGCCCUGCUGGCUCCGGUGGAGGUGGCCAGACCUGCAGCGGGCAGGCGGGCGGACCAGCGCAGAGCACACAACGCACGGGCUGCCGUCACCGCCUUAUGUCAGCCUCCCUGCUUGCCUCACCUCGAGUUUCACCUUUCUGAGCAGUCUCCUUCACUCUGGUCAAAACCCCCCACGCUGUGUGCUUGCCCACCUGCACGGCCACCCUCACCCGCGGGAUGGGCUUUCUGGAAAGUCGUUGCACUGCAGCCAUUGGUCAAGAUGCCCACGGGGACUGCACAGCGGGCGCCCGUCAGAGCAGCUCCCUGGCUGGGACCAGACCUCCCGGUGGCCAGCAGGGAUCCUGGUCUGCGCCAGAAAGUCAGUCAAGCCGGACCUCGUGUGGCCCAGAGAUUCGGACCCCGCAGAGCAUCCUAGGCGAGACGCGGCUCCUGCUGAGCCACCCUAUGCUGGGCAGGGCAGCAGCCUGGCUCCCAGGAGCCCUCGUGGACAUCGGUCCAGUACCUGGGGUGAGCUGAGGAGCAUGUGCGUCCCCAGGCUGCACAGAGGGGCCAGGCUGCUGUGCAUGAGCAUGGGGCCUUGGCUUCUCGGCGGCGGCAGCGGCAGCAAGAAACGUAGCAACAAGGCCCGUCCAACCUGCACGACCACGAGGGAGGGCACCUAGGUAUGGCGUUUGACCCCCGCUUCUGAAAAGAAACGCUGCUGCCGACAAGUGUCGAGUCCAGUCCCCCAGAAUCAGGCCUAAAUGGUUAAAUCCUGCCUGUCCCCGUGUGCUGCUUUCUUCUCAAGGCUUGAGCACUGAUUUUUUUUUCUUUUUAUUGCAAAUUUAAUGUACUCAUCAGUAGUUGUAGACCGUGGUUUCCGAUCUGUAGCCCCUUGGUACUUCCUGAGGGUUCUCUCGUUUUUAUCUGCACAUUUGUUUACACUUGUUUGAAAGUUUGGGUUGAGUACGGGAUUCCAGAACCUGAAACCAGAUCAGAAAACCACAAGUGGAAGAGAUCAAGAAUGUGGUGGGCUGCUGAGUGCUAACCCUGUCCACCACGCGGCUGGAGCACUCCGAGGCCUUCACCGUGCAGUCGGGCAGGUCCGGUGCCUUCGCCGCAGGGCCCGCCUUGGUCGCCGUGCUGUGCGGAUGGUCGCCGUCCGGUGUGGGCAGCCAAGGAUGUUGGAGGAGAGGUGCCUUGCACAUGCCCUGCCACGUGCCCCGCGCACAGAGUGGCUGCACAGCGUUUCGGGAGUGAAUGGUGAGCUCAGAAUCUCUAGCCCGCUGGUCAGACCAGCUGGCCCCUGGUGGUGCAUCAGCCAGACCAGGCUUCCCGUCUGUUUCUCCUGUCCCUUGUCUCCCUCCUAGAUAGAUUAGGAGUUCUGCUGUCGUGUGGGCUCUAAGGGCCUCCAGGCAGGCCGGCCCUCCUCCAGCGGUACCCCCUCCACCGGGCGUGGGAAGUUCGUGGAAGGAAGUCAGGUCCCUUCGUGCGUAUCUCAGAGAUCCAGCACCAACCAGAAUUAGGCCGUGUUCUCACCGUCGCGUAAGAUCGGCUGCGUCUUGGAUGCGUGGAGAGAGAGCCAGCGAGACAUUCCAGGGAUGAAGGAAAACGUCGUUUGGGAGCACGCCAAGAGCGGAAUCAGAUGGAUUCACCAAAGUUGCCGAACGUGUGCAAAGCUACCCUCCUAAGUCCAGCUUCUUGUCAUGAUUCUCUUUCACGCUUCGGAGAAUGCAGAAGUGGUCCGUGGGAACGCUCCAAGAAAAUGACAUCUUUUCAUCCCACAACAUUGAAAAGUAUAAGUCUAUGAAUCGCUCCCCCUAACCCUGGCAUUUUUAUCCAGCAGUAAAAGAAAUUAUUUCAAGUGUCAAUCUAAACACAAGACAGACGACUUCUUUGCAGAGGAAAUGUUAGUUACCUACUAUAACACUACUUUUUAAAAGAUUUUGUAUAGACACAAACUAAGGUAACACAGGUUUACCGCCCUACUUUCUUAGAUUUUAUGUGACUCUUCAUCAUGGGUGCUUAUUCCGAACCUGGGAGCUUGGGGGUCCGAGCUUUCAUGUACUGAGUGGGGGAGAGGUGAUGAUGAAAGACGUGUGCCAGGUUCUUGUGCCAAUUUAAGUACAAAUUUCUCUCUUUCCAGUAGACGGUAGUCUCCAUAGGCAGUGUGCUCUACCCUUCUGCUAACAUCCUCGACGGAAGCGCUGAGGCCGUGUGUGGUUCCCUGUGGAUGCCACCCACCCAUCCUUUGGUUUUGCCCAAUCUCACGACCACCACCCAGCCCUUGUCAUUCCAACGUUAGGAUCAUAUCACGUUCAAAGGGCUCAGCAUGUGUGUCUCUCACUCCACCUAUAACUGGUUUGCUGAAUUCAAAGGUUUCCCCCACAGGUAGUAAAUCCUAGGCUACUUUUGAACUCUGAUUUCCAAACGCUUAAGCCACUUUCCUCUCGGACGGGUCCUUCCUGUCUAGAGACCAAUUCACACCCCCGCCUCCAUGUUACAUGCCAAAAUACCCAGGUGUGGCCUAAGGACUAAAUUCAAUGCCUCCUAUAGAAAUUCAAGGAAUGUUAGAACCAGGAAACUAGCUGUUUAGUUAAAGGUUUAAAAAAAGUAUAUAAAUAUAUAUAUAUAUAUAAAUAUAUAUACAUAUGAAAUCAUAUCGACAAUGAGGAUGAACAGAGUGCCAAAUAUUCAACAUCUGUACAAAGUUACCCUUCACUGGAAUUAAACUAUUUUAUGUAAUUCUCUUUCUCAUGCUUUUAUGGUUCUUUUGAUAAAUUCUAUUUAGUAGCAUGCGGGAUACCUAACCUGAAUGUACAGUAUGCGAUCCAUCACCGCCACCUCUUGCUUCUUGUUGAUAACUUCUGAUCAGAAUGUUGGUCGUUUCUUCAAGGUACUACCAGGUUCUGUUGAGUUCUCCGUAUUCAUGACUUUUUUUUUUUCUUCACUCUCAGCUGAUUAUAAGAAAAACGUGCCAUAACUCUUCUAUGAUGAUGCCUCUCUCAUUUGAUCUCUGUAUUGCUGGUGUUCACCUCUUGUAAAUAGUUCUGCAAUUAAAUUUUUUGAGAAAAGUAAUGUUUACUUUUUAUUGGAGUGAAUUCUCGUGUUAUUUUAAACUCAGAAAACUUAUAUAGACCAAAGAAUUUUAUCGCAGAAUGAUAGCACCCUUCCCCCGUUCUAUAUUUCGUUGUCAAAAUAUCCUCAAUUUCUCUAUCUACAAAGAAGAAAUGGACAUUUAUUAAGGCUACAGAUUUCAUAUGUAUGCAAAAAUGGCACAGAUUAAAAUGAGUUUAAAAUUAAUAAAUACUAUGGCAUUUA